UUCAACCAUCCUCGUCAUUUUGUCAAAAAUGGAAGCUGCAAACUUUGGAAAGAAGAAAAUCUUGUGCUUACAUGGAUUCAGAACCAGUGGGAGCUUCCUCAAAAUGCAAAUCAGCAAAUGGGAUCCCUCAGUUUUUGCUCCUUUUGUCCUGGAUUUCCCAGACGGUAUUUACCCUGCAGGAGGGAAAUCCGAGAUUGAGGCCAUAUUUCCACCCCCUUAUUUUGAAUGGUUUCAAUUCAGUAAGGAUUUUACGGGGCAGACGAACUUGGAAGCAUGUAUAGACUACUUGUGCAACUACAUGGAAACAAAUGGUCCAUUUCAUGGCUUUUUAGGCUUCUCUCAGGGGGCUGCAUUGUCAGCACUUCUACUUGCAUACCAAGCACAGGGAAAGAUAUUGAAGAAGCAUCCUCCUAUAGCCCUGUUUGUAUCCAUAUCCGGGUCGAAAUUUAAGGAUCCAGCCAUAUCUGAGGUUGCUUACAAAGAGCUCAUCAAGGUUAGAUCAGUUCAUUUUGUUGGUGAGAGACAUUGGCAAAAACUGCCUUCUGAGGAGCUGGCUGCAGCGUUCGAACACCCUUUAAUCAUACGGCACCCUCAAGGCCACACCGUGCCUCGCCUAGAUGAAGAGGCUGUUGAGAAGGUCUCUAGCUGGAUUAGGCAUGGUGUAGUGUUGCAGAGGAGCAUCAAUGUCGAAAUCAAACACGAAAACAGGAAGAAGGCGAAGAAUGGAGAAAUGAGUUGGCUGAAGGGAAAACUGUGAGGUGAAUAAUUAGAUAGACCUAUAGAAGGAGAAUAGUCGAUGUUGUUAUUCCGGUAGAAAAUACGUCGGAUUGUUGCCGGAAGCAUAAGUUGUCGCUUCAUUAGAAAUGAAUUGUAUGUUAUUAAGACUAUAGUUAUUGGUAUAUAAACAGUAGCACUAUUGUAUUGUUGUUUCUUGAACUAAUUUAUAAUGUCUGUUUAUCAA